UUGCAUACAAACGUAAAUAUUAACUGAUUUCAGGUAGUAUGUCUAAAAUAUACAUACAUACUUAAGUAUACACACACACGCACGCACAUACACACACAUACACACACACAAACACACACACACAAAUACACACACACUGACACGCAGCUCUCUAAAUAUUUCAUUACUAAUAGAAUUACUACAAUUUAUAUAUAUAUAUAUACCUCCGCACACACACAGCUAUAUAUUCAUACACACACACACACACACACACACACACACACACACACACACACACACAUAUUUAUACACAGAUAUACACACGCAUUCAUACAUAUACACAUGUAUUUUUCAAUACAUCAUACACUCAGACAAUCAUACAUACACAUGUACAAUUACGUAAGACUGACACGGAUGUGUAUUAAUGUUUAAAACAAACUGCAUAUGCGCGUACACGAAUACAAAUGGACACACUCACGCUCGCAGACACACCUCAUAUACGCAUUAUAUAAACAUAUAUAUACACACUCACAUAUAUUCAUAUAUCGUAACAUAUAUUAAUAUAGCAUAACAUAUAUUCAUACAGUCUGGUGAAUACCUGAUACAGCUACACUCAAAGACAACAACAUGGGUGACGAAAUGACUACAUCUCACCAGAGGUUUUUACUGGAAAAAGCUAAACGGGAAUGUUACAAACGAAUGGAUCAGGCCCCAAGCAAUAAUUCAAGUGGUCUCUGGUGCAAUCGAACAUGGGACGGCAUUAUGUGUUGGGAUGACACUCCUGCAUCAACAACAGAAAGACAAUCAUGUCCUCAUUAUAUUCAUGGUUUUAAAACAUCUAAUUUUGCCGUCAAAACCUGCACUGAAGAAGGCGUGUGGUAUUUCAAUUCCAAGAUUAACAAGACAUGGACCGAUUACUCUUCUUGUGUCCAGGAAUUUUCUAGUAAUUUUCAGGACCAUCUUGAUCGUGUCAAUUCCAUAACAACAUUUGGUUAUGGUGCUUCACUUGUAUCUCUGAGUGCGGCCAUCAUAAUAAUGAUUUCCUGUAGGCGGUUCCAUUACAAAAGCAAUAUUCUACACAUCAACCUCUUCUUGGCAUUUUGUUUUCGCUCCAUUUUCGCCUUGAUGCGUAUCUACUUAUUCACUUACGGAUAUGCCAUGUCAAUUGAUAUGGAAGAGAAGGGCGGUUUGUUAAUCUUCAAACCGGGAUCGCAUUGGCAAUGUCGUCUGUUGUUUACAUUAUUCCACUACGGUAUCGCCGUCAGCCAAUCAUGGAUAUUUAUCGAAGGACUUUAUCUUCAGAUGUUAUUUUAUCGAACACUUAUGACUCAACAACGAGGCAUCAAGCUCUACAUCAUAUUUGGAUGGAGCUUUCCACUGCUAUUUUUAAUACCUUGGGUAAUAUCAAGAAUAAAAUAUGACAACACACUAUGUUGGAAUAUAAACCAAAGACGUGGAAUCCUGUGGAUUAUUAGGGCUCCAUUGGUGCUGAUCAUUGUGGUAAGUUCUGAUUACUUUCUAUAG